AUGGGGUUUCUGGCUGCUUUUCUGCUUUCUAUUGUAUCAAGCCAAUAUAUAAUUGUUCCAAUUUUAUACAGUCGAUUUACACCUACAUCUGUUAUAAAUUUUUUUGAAAAAAAUUACAAAUGCCUCGAUCUAGCCUCAUUGAAUUGCACAAUGAACUCAAAUGUUUUAUACUUUGCAAAUGAAAUCAACAACCUUGCAGACUGGGAACUAUUCGCUUCUAAUAGAGAUUUUGAUUUUAUUCUUGAUGCAACUUAUUCUUUGACUUUAACCUCCUUAAUAAGUAAUGAUGCAAAAGAGGUAGGAUUUAUCCAAUUUGUGUAUUUAAACAACCCUGACGCUUCUAUAGACUUUGUUUAUUUUUUGAGGGAUUCUUAUACUUUAAUAAGAAAAUCAGCGUUGGCAUUGGUAGAUUAUUUUGGAUGACAAAAAAUUGCUGUAAUACUAGGAGAAGAAUACAUAGACUUGAAUUUUAAAUCAAUUCGGAAUAUUAAUAUCGCUUUUCAGGCAUCAAUUCCAUCACUGAUAACGUAUGAAACGCUUCAACUUAUAAUUUCAAAGCAAAUUAAACCGCUUGGAAUCAAAGUCAUUAUACCGUAAGCACGGUUUAAGAUCAACUUAAGAACUCCCCUCCCCUCACUCCAUACCUUGACUAUUUCAGCUUUAUUGAAAUCUACAUAUUGGAUUUGACUUGUCAAAUCCUUAGUGAGGGACUUGUCAUUUUGAAUUACAAUUUCAUUCAAACUGAAACCGUCAGGGGGGGUGGGGGGAGGGAGAGUUUCAAGUCAAGCCAUACCUGUUCUAAGGUAUAUAAUUGCGACAAAUCCAGAGAUAUCAGUUAUGGUGCAAAAAGCUAUUUCAGAUGCAGAUAUGAAUAAGAAAGGAUAUGUUUUUAUUUUUCUUGACCAAGCUGGUUGAAAAGCAAAUUUGGAAGGCUCGUUGAUUAUAUCAAGCCAUGAAUAUGUCCCAAAGAGCCUAGAAGAUUAUUUCUCGUAUCUUCUUGGCCAAUUGGCGAGUUGGGUUAUGGAAAUUAUAAACAUCAGCGAGAUUCAGGGCUACUAUUCAACUUAUAAUCUUGGAAUUAUAAUCAAAUCAAUUAGUGACCAGGAUUAUUUAUUUUGGAUCAAUAACAUUCAAAAUGGUCAGAUAAUUAAUAUUGGAAGUAUAACCAAAGAUUCAGUAGACAUCAAAUUAGCAUACAUUUUUCCUGGAAAUUCCUCUAUCAUACCUGAUAACUCAAAAAUACAAUUACCUAUCAGCUUUAAUGGAGGAAUCUCAAACCCAGAUGGCUCUAAAUAUGAGGAAAACGCUAUAUUCCAAACUGGAUCUGUUUUUGCAGUACAAUAUAUAAAUUAUAACCAGUUAUUGUCAAAUUUUAAUCUAGUUGCCUUAAACAUUUCUGAUUGUGGGGCUUCAGUGUUUGAUUACAACUAUAGCUAUACUUGCUUCAAUAAAUACACUCAAAAAACUGGCUACUUUUUUCUUCCUGGGCUGCAGGCACCAAUAGCUGUAGGAACAGUCUCAGUUUUUCAUGCUUUAAACAUCACAGCAUCUAUUUUAGGAAUCCAAACUACAAGUAGUAUGAGUAAUAGUAUAUACUACCCACAAUACGCUAGAGUUUCCUAUCCAAAUACACUAACUGCUUCAAAUGCUAUUUUGAUGCUAACAUCAUUUGGAAUCUCAAAAUGCUCAUUUGUGUGCACUAAUACUUCUUGAGGUAUCGAUUUUAAAGAUCAAUUUGAGAAGCAGGCAAAAAUUUUUAAUAUAGAAAUCAUGAAUAAUAACAGAAUUGUGCCUCUCGGAUAUAAUGGGACAGAUAAGUCUAUAGCUGAAGAAAUCAUAAGUUUAAAAUCAAGGUAUGUCGUUAUGGAAGUGGCCCCUCCUGAUGUUCUUGCUGUUAUUGAAGCUUUUUAUGAUUCAGGAGCUAGGAAAGGAGAUAUUUAUCUUGUUGUAGGCGAUGGCACAGUUAAUCCAGCUGACUUGAAUGAAACCCAAAUCGGUCCAGUUAAAUAUUUAAAGAGGAAAGAGCUGAUGGAAGGGCUAAUUUACUUUAGUUUUUUAUCAUAUCAUGGGACUUUUGGAGAAAGCUUAAAAACAGAACUUUUGAUUAUGUAUGGGUUCGCUUAUGAUUUUAUGUGUCUCUAUUUUGAUGCUACCUAUCUCGGUGCUUUAGCAAUAGAUUUCUUGAUUACUCUAGGGGCUAAUUUAAAAGAUUCUUCAAUUUAUAAAGCAGUAAGAUAUGUCAAAUUUAAUGGAUGCUCUGGAAAAAUUAAAAUCAAUACUAAUGGAACCGAUAGGUCCACAAUUGCAUUUGGCAUAUACAAUUUAGUCCAAAACAACUCAACGUGAGAGAUGGAGUUGUGCGGAAUCUGAGACCCCUCCAAUGUAAUUAUGUAUCAGUCUAUUAAUGCUAUCACUUGGUAUGCUUGAAAUAAUGGAAAAUUGCCUAGCGAUAUUGUGGGGGCUGAUCUUCCCUGCCCGUUCAAAGGAAGUGAGAGUAAGUCAUUUUUAUACGGAUACCUGUUAUUAGCUGGAAUCGGUUCAAUCCCAUUUAUCUUUGGAGUGUGCUUUAUUUAUAAAUAUUUUGAUUUUUUAUGCACAAGAGAGUUUCCUAUGCUUGAUUCUGUUGAGGAAGAAACGAUUCUUGAUACUUGAAUUUAUAUUACUAUGGGAAUAGAAUCCUUACAAUAUAUAGCAUUAGGACCAGAUUUUAGUGAAUUAUUUCCUGAACUCUCCACUUUCACCAAAUUGUCGAUGUUUGAUUUAAGAAAUUGAACGGAAGAUAGCAAGUGAGAUAUUUGGCACCAAAUAAAAUUAAUGAACAUUAUUGCUAUUUUAUGGCUUAUAUUGCUUUUACAGCGAAUUUUUCGAAUUGGAGAAAAUAGUAAAUUACUUCUCUUUGAAGCUUUGGACGAACUAGGAAAAUACUGUCUACCAAUUAUAGGAGAUGUGCUAUUCCUCCCUAUUUUCAGGUUUUUAUUUCUGACCUAUCAAUGCACAGAUAGCAUUGGAGAUGGAUACAAAGACAGUUACUUCUAUUUAGAUUGCAAGGUGUUUUGUUGACAAGAUAAGCAUCUCGAAUAUGUAAUAUUAUCGUCUGUUAUUCUGAUAUUUUAUUUGCCAGCAAGCUUAUAUUUCAGGCCAACUUGACAAGAUGAGACUGAAAGUAUAGUUUUUCAUUUUAGAGAACAGCCACUCCACUCAAUUGGUAAAAGUUUUUGGCAAAUUGUACUGGUUAUAUUACGCACAACCCUUUUGCCGGCUUCAGAAAUUGCAGAAAAUGUAUGCUGCACAGUAAUAAUAUCUUGGCUUGUAAUAAGCACAUGAUUUGUGAGAAAGCCAUACAAUUAUCAUAGAGCUUCUAUGUGGUACUCAAUAUUUUUGACUGGAUGCUUAUGGCUCUGAAUAUGCACCGCUUUUUCUUUGAUUAAUCUAAUACUUGCUCAAUGUCUUCUUGGGAUUGGCUGAGUAUCCUUGGGCGCUGCAGGGACUUUAUAUCAGAGUAGGUAUCUUCCAUCAUUACUGGUUAGCGCAAAAGGCCAAGAUAUUAAGAGGCUCUUUAAGUUUCAAUUAUCUAAGAAAACUCCUUCUCAAGCUGGAAUUGAAGGAGAAGCAAAAUAUUUCUAUGUAGAAAAGUCUAAUGAUGAAGCACAAAAGCUUAGCUAUGUAUUUGAUGCUUCAUAUAUGUCUAAAUAA